CCCCCCUUCCCCUCCCUCCCUCAAAAAAAACCUGGGAAGAACAACAAAAAAAAGGAAAAGGGGGGAAAAAGAAAAAAAACACAAAGGAGAGAGGAUUUUUUUUUCUUUAACCCCCCCCUUCUCUCUCCCUCUCUCUCUCUCAAACAAAAAGGAUACACACUGAGCAACACACCCGAGAUGUUUCGGUGCUAAAAAAAUACAGCGACUCCCAUCAACGCCGUCUUUUGAAAAGCCGAAGGUGUACAAUGUAUCGUGACUGCAUGAUGAGAAAUAGAAAAUAAAUCCUACACGCACACAAAAUCCGUGCGGGAAGUGUCGGCGGAAACAGCUCAUCUGGCUUUGUUUUACCCUUCGUCCAUACGCAGGAAUUUUUUUUCUCUCUCUCUCUCUCCCUCUGUGGUUGGUGUUGUUGUAGUUGGAUUUCAAGGGAGGGUUGAUUCAUUUAAAAUACAAAUCGGGGGAAAAUCUACGUUUCCGAGAGAGAGAGAGAGAGACAGACAGACAGACAGAGGAGGGAAAGGAAAAAGGGGCCAUGUAUCCGCAAACCAGGCAGUCGGCUCCAUCACAGUCAGCACAACAGUUGAAGUUUACUACCUCGGACUCCUGUGAUCGAAUCAAAGAUGAGUUUCAGUUUCUGCAAGCACAGUAUCACAGCCUCAAGUUGGAAUGUGACAAACUGGCCAGUGAAAAGACAGAAAUGCAACGCCAUUAUGUCAUGUAUUACGAAAUGUCUUAUGGCUUGAACAUCGAAAUGCACAAACAGGCUGAAAUUGUCAAACGGUUGAAUGGAAUUUGUGCUCAAGUUAUCCCCUUCUUAUCUCAGGAGCAUCAGCAGCAGGUGGUUCAGGCCAUAGAACGUGCAAAGCAGGUGACUGCCCCAGAGCUUAAUACUGUCAUCAGGCAGCUUCAAGCGCAACAGCUGUCUCACCUCCACGGUCUCACGGUGCCACUCACCCCGCUACCAGCUGGUCUGCAGCCUCCCGUCAUCCCUUCGGUCAGUGCCAGUGCAGGACUUCUGGCAUUAUCCAGUGCCCUGGGCUCUCAGAUCCACCUUGCUACGAAAGAUGACAAGAACCACCAUGAUGGCGACCACCAGAGAGAUGAGGGCGUACAGAAACCUGAUUAGGAACUCUUUGAGCAUUGCUCAACACAGAAUCCUUAAAAAUGAUCUUUGGUGUUUGUUUUAAUGCCUGUAUAUAUCUCGGAGGUGGCAAUUUUGUGCUGUGUAUGUUAUUAUUUAGGAGAACAAAGCCUAUUUUAAAGCUGCAGUAUAUUAAAAGCAACUUUGUUUUGGCAUGAACAAAGCAGGAAUACACUAAGUUUGAAGUUGCCUCGGAUGAGGGCGUAACUUAUUGGCUUAUCCACCUGAUGGGCAUUCUAGUGUUCAACGUUUUCAAGAUAAAAGCUUCUGAUUCAGCCAAUCCAUUGAAAUGACGCUUGGCAGGAAUCACCUUUCCAACUAGUUGUUCCCAGAAUUGAGCUGUUGAAUGAUUCACUUUGAGUGAAAUGACCUGUAAAGUGCAGUUCAGUACAUUCUCAGAAACCAAAGCAAAUUUGCCAAAUUGUUGGUAAGAUGGCUGAUGGUCUGUGCUAUUGAAGUUACCAUAUCUUUGACCUUUUUAUAAAUGGCCGACCCAUUAACACGUUCUAGACCUGUUAUAUGAGAACGAACCUUUAAUAGGACGAUAAAUAUAACAGUCAUCUUAAACUCUUUAAAUUCAUCUGAAUGCUUCUGUAGAUCUGCAAAGGUUUGAGUAUGGUUUCUUGUUGCUGCUUAGCAAGCAAUAUCCCAGGUUGGGACUUGACUUUUUGGUCUACAGUUCCAAAUUUCUCUCUCAGUCAGCACUUGGAACUUCUUUAGUAAAAUAUCUACUGAUCAACUUGUAGGUGACCAUUUAAAUUAUUUUAUUAUCUGCUCCUUUCUGGAUGAGGAAGAGAAGUAAAAUGACAGUUGCCUUCAUUUGUGCCAAAAUGAAAGCCUGGUGGAGAGCUGAGCAGCGGGGAUCCUUGUGUUUUUCUGUUGGGUUUGGCUGGGCAAUCAAAAUGGUGGCAUAAGCAUCAACUUGAAACUCAACUCAAAACAAAGUGGCUUUUUUUUUUGUUGCAAGGAAUCUUUCAAAGAAAGCUCAAUCCUUUUGUCGAUCUUCAUAAAGCUCUUAGCUCUUGGCUGUGCAAUCGGAUAUUUCAAAAGCCACACGCUUGACGGGAGGGGAAGGGUGCAGCUACCUUUCCGUGUUGACGCUUUUAAUUUAAACCUUGUUGAGGACAGUGGGCCUAUUGUUCACCUGCAGUGUGCUCGUACCGUGGAUGUAUUUUUAUCCAAAGACGUUGUACAUUGUAGUUCUCAGUUCACGGCAAUGGGAUGGGUGAUCAUAAUUUUCAUUUUUCUUUUUGACCGCACUAGAAAAGUUUGAACGGUGAUAAAGAAAGAGGGACCCAUCCAGUGAGUCGAGGAUGAAGUCGGAUAAGCUGGAGCUGCGGCCGUGUUCCUGUUUGCUGCUGAGAUGCUGUCAGUCAUGCCAGGCAAUGGACAUUUGUAUGUCGUGCCAGGAUUUAUAACACACAGGUUUUCGUACCCUUUCCUGCCACUCCCCGUCCCCCCAAAGAGUAGAAACUAUUAAACCAAGCUUCUUCCUCAAAGACUAUUGGCCACACAGUUAACACCCUAGAUGAUUUUGUGAAGGAACAAAGAGAAUUUGGGUUCAGUGGCACUUCAUGGUGUUUCAUGAGGCUAUUUUGUUCUUGAGUAUAACUCAGACUGUGUAGCAAUGUGUUGUCGGUUGCUGGUAAUUGACAUACCAGUUUUAGACCUGAUCUAUUUUAUAUAUAUAUAUAUAUAUAUAUAUAUAUAUAUAUAUAUAUAUGGGAUAUAUGUGUAUACAUAAUGCACAGGGUUUUUAAAUUCUCCAAUUUUAGGCACUUGUCACCCAAUCUUCUGGCAGAGAUGGAGGAAAUUAGCCCCAGUAUGUUCAACUGAUGGCAGCACACAACAUAACCCAUGGCGACAGGCAAUUGGCCAGAAAUAGAUUCAACAAUGAUGCUUAAGAUACAUUUUGAGGAUUACUUGCAAGUGAGGAUCUAGUUGUCAUGAACUUUUAUCCGUAAUGGGAUCAGACUUGUAUUGUGCUCUUCAGUCUAUGAAUUUGGGCAUCCUUAUUGGGGAAGGGAUACCUUUGGCAACUAAUUGAGUGGAAGCCCCACCCCACAUGCACACACCACACAGUCUGGAUCAGAUGAAGUCAUCAUCAACCUAAAAUGUUAACUCUGUCUCUCUCCACAGAUGCUGCCUGACCUGUUUUAAUUUCAGAUUUCCAGCAUCUGCAGUACUUUGCUUUUGACACAGUCUGGUAACAUAGGACUGGAUUAUACGCUGAGGGUGAACUCCCCACCUGUGGUAAAACAGCUCGCCCCACUUUAAUGUUUCAGGCGACAGCUCUUUAAUUCGUAUGAGGCGGCACAUCUGUUCGUCUCCGGGAGGAAGUGCCGCCUCAUAGAGCUUCAGCAGGAGUGCUGGCCACUGUUGGUACUGCAGGUAGUCCAAGAAGGUGGUGGUCAGCGCUGGACCCAAGCAUUCAGGUACUUCUGGAAUCUCGCUUGGGGCCAGGCUGAUGGUCCCUGGCAAAGGAGGGGGGUGGCGGUGGUGUGGCAUGUUGGAUG